CCUCUACCCCCCAACAUCGACACAAGCAGAUCGAAUAACGAACUAAAAUUUAAUUAUAUCCGUCAAGCGUGAUAGGCAGAAUCUUUACCACCGAGCCUCACUCUAGUCCUUUAUUCACCCUGGAAGCCAUACGAGCCCUCUUCUCCCAUCACUACCAACUGACCGCCCCAGACUUACCCCUUCCGAGCUUCGACAUCCUAGAGUCAUCACAACUUCGAAAAGAGAAGACAACUUACGUGCUGGUGCAUUCUACCGAGUCCAGGAGCCUGCCUCCACAGCCAAACAACUUUGACUUGCUGCAUGCGUUGUCAAUCACCCUUCAGCGCCUCCCUGUUCAGGGCAUCAUGAACGGCGUCGAUUACAAGCGCUUCGUGCGCUAUUUCUACGACCCUCCGCCUCAAUACGAUGAUAUGUCUGGCGCUUCAAUAUGGUUACUGGGGAAAGAAUAUAAAGCCGCUCCACCGAAGCCGGUAAGCACGACUGACCAUGAUGACGUCGUCGAAAUCGAGUCCUCGAUCGAGUCCCAUGAUCCCUCCAAUGCAAGCAUCUCAACCGCUGCAGAGUCGCAGCAGGUAACACAAGCUCAAAGCACGAGCAGCUUUGAUGAUGCCCAACAUGUGACAGGGGAGAAUAUCCCUUCUCUGUCUAAUGACCCGGCUGACCAUGGAUGGCCUCUCGCAUUUCUGGAUGACUUCGAGUCCAAGAUCUGGAUGACAUAUCGUUCAAGUUUUACGCCUAUACCUCGCUCCCAAGAUCCUUCCACCAGUUCAAGUCUUUCAUUUUCUGUUCGACUCCGCAAUCUGACUGAGCGCGAGGGAUUCACCAGUGACACCGGCUGGGGCUGUAUGAUCCGAUCUGGUCAAUCACUCCUUGCUAACGCCCUGAUGCUCCUUCAACUCGGUCGUGAUUGGCGCCGACCGCAUGUUCAUCCAACGCCUAGCUCCACAACUUCUCCCUCUCCCUCUCCCUCCACAGAAUCUGAAGCCCAUAUUCUUUCACUUUUUGCCGACUCUCCUGACGCUCCUUUUUCUAUCCACCGUUUUGUACAACACGGAGCAUCAGCAUGCGGGACUCACCCAGGUCAGUGGUUUGGUCCAUCCGCUACAGCAUCCUGUAUCAAGGAGCUAUCUAGCGAGUGUGCUGCCGCAGGGCUGCAUGUCUAUGUCACUCCAUCCGCCUCUGAAGUUUACGAGGACCGUUUCCGCAGCAUUGCCGCAACUAGUGAUACCGAUAAGACUAUUCAGCCAACACUGGUGCUUUUAGGUAUCCGGCUCGGUCUUGAUCGUAUCACCCCGGUCUACCACGAAGCGCUCAAGAGCAUUCUCACCUUCCCUCAAUCAAUAGGAAUUGCUGGUGGACGGCCAUCAUCAUCGCAUUACUUUAUUGGGUGUCAAGGCGACAUGUUCUUCUACCUCGAUCCACACGAAACCCGCCCCGCACUACCCUACAAAUCCAAUCCUGCUGAAUAUACCGAAGAAGAGAUCGCAACGUGUCACACGCGUCGACUGCGUGGUUUGCGAAUCAGCGAGAUGGAUCCCAGCAUGCUUAUCGGGUUCCUGAUCAAGGACGAAGCAGAUUGGAACGACUUCAAACGAAGGCUGAGCGAGGUCAAGGGCAAGAGCAUUAUAAACCUAUACGAGAAGGAGCCGCCCGUACCUGGGCAGACGCGAGAGAGAAAGGAAGCAGUUGACGAGGUAGAAACAUUCGAUGACGAAGAUGACGACGAGACGGUCACUGUGUUGGGCAAUGAUGCCAGAGAAGCCGAGGACGACCAGCCAGAACUGGUCCAUGCCACGACUCCAACAGCCGUGACUGCAGCGGAUUCCAAUCAACAUACGAAUACUCAGCCUACACCAAGCAUCGCUCCCAGCACAGAGACGAAGCAGGAAUGACACUGAUGGACAUGAUAUAUUAAACGCUCUUGAAGUUUGGGAAGAUGUUAUUCUUUUCCCAUUGGGUUGGCGUAAGGAGAAAUUAGCGGCUGGCACACUUGCUUAAAUCAGGGACUCGAAAUCAUCAUACUAUAGUUUGUGGUCCGACCACACAGUGCAGACACACACACGGCCGAAAUCAGACCUGCCCUGCCUGUAGGUAGUAGUGAGUUUGAAUUUGAUGUUAUGCAAAC